AGAGGAGGAAAGUGAAGCGCAGAUCCGGACAGAUGGAGGCGGCGGGAAAGCUGCUGCGGCUCGCGCUGCUGGUGCUGCUGGGAACCGACUUCACUCAGGUGUGGCCCGCCCACCCCGAGGACGGCUGGCAGGUGUACAGCUCGGCUCAGGACACGGAGGGCAGGUGUGUGUGCACGGUGGUCGCUCCCCAGCAGAGCGUCUGCUCCCGGGACGCCCGGACCAAACAGCUCAGGCAGCUGCUGGAGAAGGUGCAGAACAUGAGCCAGUCCAUCGAGGUCCUGGACCAGCGCACGCAGAGGGACCUGCAGUACGUGGAGAAGAUGGAGGUUCAGCUCCGAGGACUGGAGAGCAAAUUCAAACAAGUGGAGGAGGGACACGAGAGCAACAUCGCCAGGCAGUACAAGGCCAUCAAGGCCAAGAUGGAGGAGCUGCGUCCUCUCAUCCCGGUGCUGGAGGCGUACAAGGCGGAUGCGCGGCUCGUUGCUCAGUUUAAGGAGGAGGCGGCGAAUGUGAGCGCCCUCCUCAGCGCCCUGCAGGAGCAGCUGGGCGGCUUCGACUACCAGGAGCUGCACAGCAGGGUCUCCAGCCUGGAGGAGAGACUGAGGGCCUGCAUGCAGAAGCUGGCCUGUGGGAAGCUGACAGGAAUAUCUGAGCCAGUCACCAUCAAGACGUCAGGCUCGAGGUUUGGGUCAUGGAUGACAGACCCUCUAGCGCCCCCUGGAGACAACAGAGUGUGGUACAUGGACGGUUACCAUAACAACCGCUUCGUCAGGGAGUACCAGUCAAUGUACGACUUCAUGACCUCAGAUAACUUCACGUCCCACCGCCUGCCCCACCCCUGGUCUGGGACGGGUCAGGUGGUCUAUAACGGCUCCAUCUACUUCAACAAGUUCCAGAGCCACACCAUCAUCAAGUUCGACUUCAGCAGCUCGCUCAUCAGCCGCUCGCGCCAGCUGGACUUCGCCGGCUACAACAACAUGUACCACUACUCCUGGGGGGGGCACUCCGACAUCGACCUCAUGGUGGACGAGGGCGGGCUCUGGGCCGUCUACGCCACCAAUCAGAACGCGGGAAACAUCGUCAUCAGCCAGCUGAACCCCAACACUCUGCAGAUCAUCCGCAGCUGGACCACCAACCACCCGAAGCGCAGCGCAGGCGAGGCCUUCAUGAUCUGCGGGACGCUGUACGUUACCAACGGUUACUCUGGCGGAACCAAGGUGUACUACGCCUUCUCCACCAACUCGUCCACCUACGAGUACAUCGAUAUCCCCCUAACCAAUAAAUACAGCCACCUGUCCAUGCUGGACUACAACCCCCGCGACAGGGCGCUGUACGCCUGGAACAACGGCCACCAGGUUCUUUAUAACGUCACGCUGUUCCACAUCAUUCAGUAACACCGAGAUCCCUCCGGGACCUCCCAGGAACACCACGAGUCGAGGAAACCUUUAAAAUCAGAUUUAACACUUUGAUGGUUAGUAUUGCACAAGGCUUGUUAUGUCUUCAAAAUUUGUUCGAAAUACAGAAAGGAUUCACACGUCUUCACUGUUUCCCCUCACGUUGUUGUGUUGGAGAUUAAAUUUAAAAUCGAUACAUUUAAUAAACACAGUUUUGGUGAAGCAAAAGCAGAUUUUAAGCAAAUUCCUUAAAUAUAAAAAACGGAAAGGUCGUUGGCAGAAUGUGUUAGCUCAUCCUCGCUGGCUAAGCUAACUGCCGGCAGCCAGUUUUGUUUUUCUAGAAUGGUGAUGGAAUGAAAGUAACGUCACUGUCCUAGGAAAAUAAAAUUGGCCUGUUGCCAUCUACCUGUGGCAGGUUUGCACUGGGCAGUCCUCAGAAAACAAGAAAAAAAAAGUAAACUGAUUCAAAUUCUAUUUUCAUUUGCAAAAAGAAAAUAAUAGAAUUAUUUGUUUGAAACCAGAACAAAUCCACUCGAUUUAUUUCAAAUAAAUAAAAUUAUUUAUAUGUACACAAAUUCAAACUGUCAAGUGAAUUGUGAUUAAAAUGAUAUAUUUUGUAUUUGAAGGUCAGAUACUGAUGCUGGAUCAGAUUUCUUGUGUUUGAAACAUUAAAGGUUAAAGUUCAACAGCUUAAAGUUCAGAUGGGUCAGAGUUUAAACUGGAAUAAAUAAAUAAACAAACAAACAAAUAAAAUAAAAGGAAAAUAAAUACUGUCUAAAAUGACAGUAAAACUAUAUAAAUUGCUGUUCAUAAGCAUUUAAAAAAAAUCUGAUCCAGGGGGCGCCAGGUGAGCCACCUGUCCACGCCUGACUGCAGUGUUGCAGGUUUGAAUCCUCAGGCGCUGUCUCACUCUCUGCCCUGCUGCCUUUCCUGUCUCUCUCUUCUGUCGCUGUCA